AAGAUAAAAUACUAUUUUGGUCAUUUUAGUUUUUGAAAGCUAUUUUUAUGACAUAAACUUAGAAAAAUGCUAUUUUGGAGAUUUACCCUCACAUAUAAUACUGAUGACGCUUUUGGGUACUACUUGAAGUUCUGUAAGACUGUACUUAAUUAAUAACAUGAACAUUUUAUUGGGGUACACAUAAACUAAAUAUUAAUUAGAAAUUUAGAAUAUAGAGUACUUGGUACUCACAUUUAAUGUGCCCAUCUAACUGUCUAGAAAGCAAAGUUUAGGUAAGUACAGUAUAAGGUAACUAAUCAAGUCUUCAUCUAUAAAUUAAAUGAAACCAUGCAUUCCCCGCAAUAAUCACUAGUCCCAAAAACUCGAAAAAGAAUCAAAUGGCAAAGCCAGUAAUGUGCAUUGUUCUCACUCAAAUCGUCCUCGUUGCCUUAUUUCAUCUUUGUAUGAGUUCUCAAACCAAAGAAUGCACGAGCACAUCCUCCCUCUCCCCUCAGUUUUACGACAACUCGUGCCCUAAAGCCCAAGCCAUUGUCCAAUCUUUCGUCGCCAAAGCACACUCCAACGACCCUCGCAUGGCAGCCUCAUUGUUUAGGCUUCAUUUCCAUGACUGCUUCGUCAAUGGAUGUGAUGGUUCUUUAUUAUUAGACUAUAGUGGAACCAUAGAAAGCGAGAAACGAGCAGACACAAACGUAGACUCUGCCCGAGGGUUUGAAGUCAUCGACGAUAUUAAGUCUGCCUUGGAAGAUGAGUGUCGCCAAACAGUUUCUUGCGCUGAUAUUUUGGCUCUCGUUGCUAGAGACACUACUGUUAUUACUGGUGGCCCGAGUUGGGAAGUAUAUUUAGGAAGAAGAGAUGCAAGGGAAGCAAGCUUGAUUGCUUCUAACAACAAUAUUCCUGUUGCCAGCUCUACGUUUGAGACAAUUGUCACCAAGUUCAACGACCAAGGACUCGGUCUUAUCGAUCUUGUUGCUCUCUUAGGACGUCAUACGAUAGGAAAUUCGAGGUGCAAGAGCUUCCGACAAAGGCUAUACAACCAUUCUGGAAACAGCGAUCUCGACCAGACUUUGAAUCAAAACUACGCCUCAAUGUUGCAGCAGGGAUGUCCUAUUUCUGGUGACGACCAGAACCUCUUUGCUCUCGACUAUAUGACGCCAAAUAAGUUUGAUAACUACUACUUCAAGAAUCUGAUGACUUUUAAAGGACUCUUGAGCUCUGAUGAGAUUUUGUACACAAAGAGUGGAGACUCCAUGGAGCUGGUCAAGCUUUACGGGGCUAAUGAGGAAUUGUUCUUUGAGCAGUACGCAAAGUCAAAGGUGAAGAUGGGAAACAUCUCGCCGUUGACGGGGAGAAAUGGUGAGAUCCGGAGGAUCUGUAGGAGAGUUAACCAUUGAAAUGUCUAAUUAAGUUUCAUUACUAGAUACUUAGGGCAUAUGGGUUUGAUAUGAUUAACGUUUUCUUGAUAUGUGUAGAGGUUGAUUUCUUUUGAAUAUGUUUUAAUUGAUGAGUUUGGUGUGUAUGUGCGUUUGUUUGUUUUUGUUAACAACUACUAAGUUUGGUUUUUAGCAAAAAAAAAAAAAAAACUACUACUAAGUUUGGU